UGAGCUUCUCCUUCCACCUCGCAUCCUCGGCAUGGCUCCUCUUGUGCUGCUGAUUGCUGUGGUCACCCAGCUGUGCGUCGGGCAGCCCGGCACUCCCGACCCGCCUGGCAGGAUAGCUGUAAUUGGUGCUGGAAUUGGGGGCUCAGCAGUCACAUACUUUCUUCACCAGCAGUUUGGACCCCAAGUGCAGAUUGAUGUAUAUGAGGCCGACCGUGUUGGUGGGCGAUUGGCCACCCUAACUGUGAACAGCCACCAGUAUGAGUGUGGCAGCCCAUCAAUGCACUCAUUAAACUUGCACAUGCAGGAUUUCGUCAAGCUGUUGGGAAUAAAGCACCGUAAAGAGGUGGCGGGGAAGAGUGCUAUCUUCAAUGGAGAGCAUUUGGUUCUGGAGGAGACAGAUUGGUACCUCUUAAAUCUUUUCCGACUCUGGUGGCACUAUGGAAUCAGUUUCUUGAGACUGCAGAUGUGGGUGGAAGAAGCCAUGGAAAAAUUUAUGAGAGUGUAUAAAUAUCAAGCUCAUGAAUACGCUUUCUCAACAAUAGAAGGCCUCCUUCGUUCACUGGGAGGGGAUCACUUUGUAAAUAUGACUCAGAGGUCGGUUGGGGAGUCAUUGCAAAGCAUUGGAGUGUCACAGCGAUUCAUUGAUGAUGUCAUCAGUGCUGUAAUGAAAGCCAGCUAUGGGCAAUCUGUAUCAAUUCCAGCAUUAGUGGGUGUCAUGUCUUUGGCUGGAGCUCAGGGAAAUAUGUGGUCUAUAGAAGGUGGUAAUAAGCUGGUUUGUUCAGGUCUGCUGAAGCUGUCAAAAGCUAAUGUGAUCCAUGCGAGGGUGACGUCAGUGUCUCUACACAACGCAGAGAAGAAGCCCCUGUAUGAAGUCCAGUAUGAGCAGGAGGGAACUCUUGGUUCAGAUUACUAUGACUUGGUGAUCGUGGCUGCCCCGUUGCACAAAGCUGGAUACCCCAUUUCGUUUCUGAACCUCCAGCCUUCUCCUCCUGAGCCUAUGGGUUCUUACCAUCGAGUAGUUACUUCCAUUGUCCAUGGCUACCUCAAUUCCUCCUACUUUGGUUUUGUAGAUCCCAAACUUUUUCCUUUUUCAAGUAUCCUCUCCGUGGACACACCAGAUGCUAUAUUCCAUAGUUUAGAAAAUAUAUGCCCGGUUAAUGUAUCGGUUGGCUUUCGCCGCAAACCUCCUCAGGAAGCUGCAGUGUGGCGAGUGUUGUCUCAAAGGCCUCUAGACCGAAAGGAGCUAAAAACGCUGUUUAAGUCUUACUACUCUGUCCAAGUGAUUGAGUGGCAAGCUUUUCCGAGCUAUGCUACUGCUGCUUCUUCUAGUCCGUUGCCUCCCAUUAUUCUUCACAAUGGUCUCUAUUACCUUAGUGGUGUAGAGUGGGCUGCUAGCUCUGUGGAGAUGAGCGCAGUUGCGGCAAAAAACGUGGCUCUUUUGGCUUUCAAUCGCUGGUUUGAACUCAAUGAGAAAAUAGACCAGCAAGAUCUAAUGCACAAGCUGAAGACUGAGCUGUAGGAUCAUUGUCUUACAGCACAACCACUUGACUCUGUAUCAUGGCAUUCUGCAUUUAAUACUGGACUUUAUGGCACAGCGUAUCCUCUGUUCUGCAGCUGGAUCUUCUGUGCUUGACCACUUUCUUAUCAAAUCUGCGUUGGGUUAGGAUAAGAUCUCACAAUUGCUUGGAAUAACUGGAAGUUCUCCGUUUUCUGUGUUGGGGAUUACAUCUCACAUUGGAUUGAGCGAACACUGUGAUCUUUGCCCCUUUUUUGUUGCUCAACGUUUUUCACUUUUUUUUUUACUGUAUCAGCACUGGACAUGAAUCAGUACAAUAUGAAACUGGAUGGACACGUUGAGCACCUGCUAAUCGUGGGGUAUCAUGAGCCACUUAACAAUACAUAAUCAAGGAGGAACCUCUCAUAGGAGAAUUACUGUGCAUUUUACCUUUUAACUUAUAAUGACCUUAUUUAUAUGUGAAUUUUGGGCUCGGGGCUGCAGAUAUGCCAGUAGCCAACGUCAGAAGAACUUUGGUCUGAGUUUGUAGAUGGGAUAUCAAACAGAAUGACAAUCCAAUGAAGAUGGAUUGAUUCAAGCUCAGCACGUAGAGCUUCUGUAGGAAAGAGGUUAAAUCAUGUAAAAUUCACGUGCUUUCUAAUGGUGAUAAUAAAAAAAAAAAAUAU